GAAAAUUAUAUUUUUAUAUUUUAAAUAAUUUGCAAUUUCAGGAAAAUGUUUUUAUAUUAAAUUUGUGUUUUCUAAUAAUUGAUAGAUAGAUACAUAGUAGAUAGAUAUCAGUAAGUAAGUAAGCCAAAGUAUCAACUCAAACCAGCAGACAGACAGACAGAUAGCUCAGCAGGCAAGCAGGCAGACAGGCCAGCAGCAGGCAUGCAGGCAGACAGGCAAGCAGGCUGACAGACCAGCAACAGGCAUGCAGGCAGACAGGCAGACAGACAGCGACUACUUUCACUUCUGACAUCUAAUAGCGUGAUAGUGCCAGAAAUUCACAUCGCACCGACAUACUUCUAGCUUUGAUCGUUCUACGAGCUCUCGUGAGCAAGCAUCUUCUUGUGUACCUCGGACAGACCUAUGCUCUGCUUGUCAAAUCUCACCGACGAAAACCGUGUACGAACUUGUCGCAGUGCAUGUGCAUCUCUACCUGGAAAUUAUGUUCUUUUACAGUGUGUAAUUUAAAGGGACGUAACUUUGUACUAAAAGCUAUACUGAGCUAAUUCGUGUCAAAUAGAGUCUAGGGAUUUAUAAAACGGAGAAAAAGCAGUGAAGAUGAUGCCCUAGCAUAGUCCAGUCGAAUCAUGGAAACUGUAUAUAUUCUUUAAUUUGAAUCCUAUACACCUCAAAGUGAAAAUUUACGUUAUAUUAAUUGGAGAAUCACAGAAUAACAUCUUUAUUUUUACAUAGUCAAAUGUAACUUUUGAAUUGCUGGGGUAACAUUUUAAAUUUUGAUUGCUUAAAAACUUAAUAACAGAAUAUUAAUACUUGCAAAACAGACAAGUGAUAUUCCAUACUUUGAAGAAGAAAUAGGAAAGUAAUAAAGUUUGAAAAAAUUUAUUUUCUAUUUUUAUAUAUUGAAAAGAUACAUUCUGUAUUUAUAGAAAGGAAACUUGUAAUAGUUAUUUUCAACAUGUAAAACGUAAAAAUAUAAGAAAUGGAUUGCAAUUGAAAGGGGUAUAUCCGCACUGUAAAGGAAAAAAAUAUUUCCUUCUAAACAGAAAACAAUUUAUACGAAACUAACACUUUUCAGAGUAUUAGUUUCGUAUAAAGCUUUUGUUUCUUUUUCUUUUUGUUUAUAUUAUUUUCAUCGGUUAAUUACUAGCAUAAUGCCACGGAGAAGACAACCAAGCCCCAAAAUAAUAUGCACAGACAUUAUUGAUGACGAAAAAAUUAAGCAAGAGACCUGGACAUUUUGUGAUCUCUUUCAACAAACUUCUACGAAUGAAAAAGCAAUUACAUGGCUGGCGAAAUAUGAACUUAUAAGCAAUUCUGUUGUGUGUCCCACUUGCGGGAACCCGUGUACAGUUAACGGUUACCAGAAGGGUAUAGAUGGAAAACGAUGGAGAUGCCCAAAGCAUAACUACUGUAGAUCAAUCCGCAAAGGAUCGUUUUUCGAGAAUAGCCGCCUGUCGCUGACAACAUUCAUAUGGCUUAUGUACAUGUGGUCAAGGGAAUAUUUCCAUUCUGAGAUAGCCCAUGAGACUACCGUAAGUAAGAAAUCAACAAUUGAUCUGUUUUGUCUCAUCCGAGAACUACUAGAACGGUUCCUGGAAGACCACCCGACUGAAUUAGGUGCCUACCCACCCGAGAUUGGCGGGUUCGAUUUACAGUCAGGUGAACCAAAAGUUGUUGAAAUAGAUGUGACCACACAUUUCAAACCUACACCCAAUGAAAAGAAGCAUAUGAAAAGAUUCUGUGUUUUUGGUGGAAUUGAACGUGGAACUGACAAAUGUUUUCUGGUGCCUAUUGAGCAUCAAAAUAAAGACGCUUUCGAAGCUGCAAUUAUCCGAUGGAUUUUACCAGCUGGAUGCCUUACUCGUUGCCAACCCUCAGAUGUUUCCAAGGAAGGUGAUAUUUCCCAUGGCCAGGUACCCAUAUUGUGUCUGAUAUUUGGACUGAACCUCUUCAAAUUGACCAGAUCCAACAAGGUAUAUAUACUCAUGAAUAUGUAGAUUACAAUGAUCCAGAAGAUACAGAAAUCCACACCAGAAAUAUAGACAGAAUGUGGCAGAGAGUAAAAAAACAUUUUCAAAGAAAGCAUAAGACAUUCUUAUUUCAAUCAUUUUUAACAGAAUUUAUGUGGAGGUCUCACUUUACAAAUAAUGAUAAAUUUGCCGCUCUAAUUUACUGUAUCAAACAUUUGUAUAAAGUUUAAAAUAAAGUUGUUAUAUUUUUA